CAUUAACACCUCUCUCUAUCUCUCUUUCUCACUCGUUUUUCUUUUUCUCUCACAUCACAGAUAGUCAUAUACACCAAAAAAAUAUACACAAUCCAUACGCAUUAAUACAUCUACACAUAUACACCGUCGUCUCAAAAUCCAAAUCUCGGCACCGGAGACAACCUUCAAGCUUCCGAUUCCGAUCUGUGAAAUGCUCGUUUGAUCUCCACGCUCAUUUGCCAAUAAUGGUGAUCUACGGCGCAGUAACUCCUGGCCAGGUUUCGUUUUUGCUUGGGCUUGUACCUGUAAUUGUGGCUUGGAUUUAUGCUGAGAUUUUGGAGUACAAGAAGAGUUCAGUCUCUCCUAAAGCUAGACAUUCUGACAUCCCUUUGGAGGACGUGGUAAAAGAGCCAGUUAAGGAUGAUGAUAGAGCUGUUCUGCUGGAGGAAGGAAAAGUCCAGGCAGCCUCUCCUAGAGCUCGAAUACUGUCUUCAUCAUCUUCUAUUGUGAGGUUCCUUUUGAUGGAGGAAAGUUUCUUGCUAGAAAACCGAUUGACACUUCGAGCAAUAUCUGAAUUUGGUGUCCUUUUAGCAUAUUAUUAUGUGUGUGAUCGUACAGACUUCUUCAACUCAUCAGAGAAGAGUUACAAUCGGGAUUUUUUCUUGUUUCUAUACUUCCUUCUCAUCAUAGUUUCAGCAAUGACUUCUUUCAAGAUACAUAAUGAGAAGUCACCGCUUACAGGGAAAUCGAUACUUUAUUUGAAUAGGCAUCAAACCGAAGAGUGGAAAGGCUGGAUGCAGGUCUUAUUUUUGAUGUACCAUUACUUUGCUGCAAAAGAAAUUUAUAAUGCAAUCCGAGUAUUUAUCGCUGCAUAUGUGUGGAUGACUGGAUUUGGAAACUUUUCAUACUACUAUGUACGCAAGGAUUUUAGCAUGGCAAGAUUUGCACAGAUGAUGUGGCGACUUAAUUUCUUGGUUAUCUUUUGCUGCAUUCUCCUAAACAACAGUUACAUGUUGUACUACAUUUGCCCUAUGCACACUCUAUUCACCCUUAUGGUUUAUGGGGCUCUUGGUAUUAUGAACAAACAUAAUGAGAAGGGUUCAGUCAUAGCGAUAAAAAUCAUCUCUUGCUUCUUGGUGGUCAUCAUAGUAUGGGAAAUACCUGGAGUGUUUGAGUUGCUCUGGAGUCCAUUAACUUUCCUUCUUGGUUAUAAAGACCCAGCUUCAAAAUUGCAGUUCUCUCCCUUGCAUGAGUGGUAUUUUCGGUCAGGCCUUGACCGAUACAUAUGGAUAAUUGGAAUGAUAUAUGCUUACUACCAUCCAACUGUUGAAAGGUGGAUGGAGAAACUGGAGGAAGCUGAAGUGAAGAAAAGAUUAUCAAUCAAAGGGGCUAUUGCUUUUGUAGCCAUAACGAUGGGAUAUCUAUGGUUUGAGUAUAUAUACAAGCUGGACAAGCUUACCUACAAUAAAUAUCAUCCUUAUACUUCAUGGAUUCCAAUAACGGUGUACAUAUGUUUGCGAAAUGUUACCCAACAGUUUCGCUGCUAUUCUUUGACCCUGUUUGCAUGGCUCGGGAAAAUAACACUGGAGACGUACAUUUCACAAAUCCAUAUCUGGUUAAGAUCAGGUGUUCCCGAUGGUCAGCCAAAAUUAUUGCUUUCCCUGAUACCAAAUUAUCCAAUGUUGAACUUCAUGCUCACAACUUCCAUAUAUGUUGCGAUCUCGUACAGACUUUUUGACCUAACAAAUACAUUGAAAAUGGCAUUCGUCCCUAGUAAAGACGACAAGCGUCUUAUCCACAACAUGAUUACGGCUGCAGCAAUAUCUUGCGCCCUAUACUCCUUAUCUUUUGUAUUCCUAAAUGUGCCCACAAUGCUGAUUUGAGAACUGAAAUUCGUCAAAGUUGGUAGAGUCAUUUGGCUUUCAGUAUCCACGAACACAAGGAAUAUGUUAUUCCACCGUACGAGACCAUGCUUCUUCGAAAACAAGACUAAGAUAUUGAUUCGCAAGCAACUUGUACUGGAGUUAAUAGUUCAGCAUACCCUAUUAUGCUCUUAGUUUUUUUUGAUAGGAUCUGUAUAGGAAUGGGUUGAUCAUUUUGUGACCAUCGGAUUGGACGGAGUGUGGGUUUUUGUCUUUAUCAUUCUUAAUAUUACUUCAAGUAUAAUAGUAAAAGUCAUCACAAGUGUAAUACAAUAUUCAUCUGUUCGUCAAACAUGGCUUUAUUUUUUAUUA